AAGCUCGAGGGCUCCAAGAGCCGGGGGCAGCUCCUCAUUUUUGGGGCCACCAACUGGGACUUGAUCGGCCGCAAAGAAGUGCCUAAGCAGCAAGUUGCAUAUCGGAAUCUGGGCCAGAACCUGUGGGGGCCGCACAGGUACGGGUGUCUCUCAGGUAUUCAGGUGCGGAGCGUGGUGUCUGGACCCUGCGCUGCUCACAGCCUGCUCAUCACCGCCGAGGGCAAGCUCUGGAGCUGGGGUCGCAAUGAAAAGGGGCAGCUGGGACAUGGGGACACGAAGCGGGUGGAAGCCCCGAAGCUCAUUGAGGUGCUGGGGGGUGAAGCCAUCGUGCUGGCAGCCUGUGGGCGAAAUCACACCCUGGCACUCACAGAGAGCGGCUCCGUGUUUGCCUUCGGGGAGAAUAAAAUGGGGCAGCUGGGGCUGGGGAACCAGACGGACGCCGUGCCGAGCCCCACGCAGAUCAUGUACAACGGGCAGCCCAUCACCAAACUGGCCUGCGGCGCUGAAUUCAGCAUGAUCAUGGAUUGCAAAGGAAACCUCUACUCCUUUGGGUGCCCUGAGUAUGGGCAGCUGGGGCAUAAUUCCGAUGGGAAGUUCAUUGCCCGGGCGCAGCGGAUAGAGUACGACUGCGAGCUGGUGCCACGCCGCGUGGCCAUCUUCAUCGAGAAGACCAAAGAUGGGCAGAUCCUGCCCGUCCCCAACGUGGUGGUGCGGGACGUGGCGUGUGGGGCUAACCACACGCUCGUCCUGGACUCUCAGAAGCGUGUUUUCUCCUGGGGCUUCGGGGGCUACGGGCGCCUGGGCCACGCUGAGCAGAAGGACGAGAUGGUGCCUCGGCUGGUCAAGCUCUUUGACUUCCCCGGGCGCGGAGCAGCGCAGAUCUACGCUGGUUACACGUGCUCCUUCGCCGUCAGUGAGACAGGCGGCUUGUUCUUUUGGGGUGCCACCAACACCUCCCGGGAGUCCACCAUGUACCCUAAAGCUGUGCAGGACCUCUGCGGCUGGAAGAUCCGCAGCCUGGCCUGUGGGAAGAGCAGCAUCAUCGUGGCAGCAGAUGAGAGCACCAUCAGCUGGGGGCCCUCACCCACCUUUGGGGAACUGGGCUAUGGGGACCACAAGCCCAAAUCCUCGACGGCUGCCCAAGAGGUGAAGACCCUGGAUGGGAUCUACACGGAGCAGGUGGCCAUGGGCUAUGCCCACUCCCUGGUGAUCGCCCGUGACGAGACCGAUGCUGAGAAGGAGAAGCUGCGCAAGCUGCCCGAGUACAACCCCCGCACCAUCUGA